CGAGGGCGACUCCUUAGCUAGCACGUUGCUUCGAGAGGUCCAUUCCUUUAGUGGUGGUGACGGUGACGGCAACGGUGACGGAUUCAGACUGGAAGCAGCCGGAACGGUCAGCGUGGCACAAGCGAGCGCAGACACGGGGGACAGUCAGACCUGGUCAGAACGAACGUCUCGACAUCAAGCAGGGCAUCAAUUGCGCAGAGAACAAUCAUCUGGAGAGAAAGGAGAUCCAGCGACGAGACUGAGAAUCAGGAGCGUGAGUGGACCAAGCGCCCACUCCGCCAUUCAGUUCCAGGAAAUUGUGGAGAAUUCGGUUGCGUCCUGAUUUUCCAGGCGACCGUCGAGUGUGCAACCACCAACCUGCCAGCUGCACUCGAGCUCCCCACAGCUACCUAGGCAUCAUCAACAGCCAACCCUGCUCACGAUGGCUUCCUCGCAAGCUCUCCCUCCUCUGCCGCCCCCGAGCUGGGUUGUCGACCUCAACUCUCCGCCACCUGCCCAGUCGCGCGCAGCAAACAGCAUCCCCGACCCCCCGGGCUUCUCCCGCAAGACCGGCGGCAAAGGCUCCGCCCCCGCCGCCCCAUCCAAGCCCGUCGAAACCGACACCCUGAAGCUCAAAAAGGCCUGGGAAGUCGCCCUUGCCCCAUCAAAACAAGUCCCUAUGAAUGCGAUCAUGAUGUACAUGUCCGGAAACAGCCUGCAAAUCUUCAGCAUCAUGAUGGUGUUUAUGCUGUUCAAGGGCCCCAUCCAGGGCCUGAUCAACACCAACAGCGUGUUCGCAAAGUUUGAUUCGGAGACAUUGCGGGGCAAGAUGCUGUUCGUCAAGGCUGUAUACGUGCUCAUGCAGUUUGUCCUGCUGGCUUUGGGGGUGUGGAAGGUUAAUGCUAUGGGACUUUUACCGACUACGAGAUCGGAUUGGCUGGCCUGGGAGUCAGAACGACAACCGUUGGAAACUGUUCACUUUGCCUUCGGCUGAACCUGGGGAUAUAAUUGUAGGAAUGGAGAGUUUUCGGAAUGCAUAAUUUUAUAUUACACCUGGGCAAGAAUGUUGGCU